CACAGACACUUUUCAGAAAAUAUUUAUAAUGGUGUGUACAGUGUGUGGGAGCACUCCUGCAGCUCCUUGUGGAGGGUGUGGUAAUGUGUCCUACUGUGGUAAGGAGUGUCAGAAGAAGGUUUGGAAGACACAUAAACCAAUAUGUAAAAACUACAAGAUCGGUACCUCUGUGGAGGAACACGGGCGUCACAUUAUAGCGAGCAGAGAUAUCAGGGCUGGGGAGAAAAUAAUGGAUUCAAAUCCCGAUGUUCUCGGACCUAGGCUCACUCAGCCUGUUCCUUGCUGUCUAGGGUGCCACAGAGGGGACAAACAGCUGUUAAAAUGCCCCAAAUGUGCUCUUCCUGUGUGUGGGGUGAAGUGUACCUCAAGUAGUGUGCAUCAGAUGGAAUGUGCUGUAAUAUAUAAAUAUAAGAAGAAGGAUGCAGAUAUAUUUGGUUUGGAAACUGUGCUACCAUUCCGAAUCCUUGCUUUACAGUACACACAGCCAGAAGUCUUCUUAAAAAUUCUCUCUAUGGAGUCUAAUAAACAGGAAAUAGUAAAAGGAAAGAAUUGGAAGAGCUUGCAAGAAACUGUUGUAGAUCCAAUUUUGGCUUUGGGUAUUCCUGACGUAGACAGAGAUACUUUAGAAAAUAUUUUAGGGAUUAUCCUGACCAACACAUUCGAAGUGGUUCUUCCCUCAGCUCUUCUUAUUGGAAUCUUUUAUGAAUCUAGUUUCAUGAACCAUCAUUGUAUUGGGAACACGAGGAUAAUUCUGGAUAAAGGUGGUAAAAUGACUGUAACUGCGAGUGUACCAAUCAAGAAGAAUAAACCAAUUAAAUUCAAUUAUGUAAAGGGUCUAGACUCUACCUGGCUGAGACAGCAGGAGCUCCUAGAGAAUAAAUAUUUCUCUUGCGCCUGCGAAAGGUGUCUGGAUCCAACGGAGCUAGGAUCCUACGUCUCCGGUCACAGAUGUUUAAAAGAAGAAUGUGAAGGAUCCGUGAUACCAACCGAUCCCUUGAAUAAACAAUCAGAUUGGAAAUGUGACAAGUGUCAAGAAAUAGUUCCUGUUCAGAAUAUCAGGAAGACCCUGAAAUGUUUGAGUCGGGACACUGAGAGCCUGGAUAAGAAUAAUAUGAAGGAUUUGAAAAGACUGAUCAAUAAAUAUGAAUCUAAAUUACAUAGGCAAAAUGGUUUAUUAGCUGACCUGAAGCAAAUGCUAAUCUCUGGGUAUGGUCGUCUUCCUGGAUUUCAGGUAGAGGAUAUGAAUGAGGCAGACCAUAAACUUAAACUGAGGUUGGUCCAUGAGGUCCUGGGAGCCCUUGAUAUUGUGGACCCGGGACUAAGUCUCGGCAGAGGAUUGCUUCUGUUUGAGCUGCACACUACUCUAGUUAUCCUCUCUAACCUGGAGUUUGAGAAGAAACAAAACCCAAACCAGCUUCUUAUCAGAUUACUGGAGGCGGAAAAAUAUCUGGCGGAGGCAGAUACGAUUAUGAAACUUGAGCCUCCAACCUCUCCUUACGGACAUCUAUCCUCUACAAUUUCAAGGAAUCGUAUUGAACUCGGAGAGUAUAUUCAGACUGUUAAAAUGAUGUGAAUUGCCACAAAAAAUCUCUUGGAAAAAAUUUGCUUUUUGUUAAUUUUACAUUUUUUGUUGUUAACAUACUUGAAUAAGACAAUCUAUUAUCUAAUAUGUAAAUUUACUGUAUAAACUUUAUUUCUAGUUUUAUAGGAAAUGUUUUGUACUUUGUUUAGAUUGAUGUCAAAUAAAUUUGAAGUUUUUA